UGGUGUGUCAUGGCGGCGUGGUGGAGUAUGCUUGAAGUGAAAAACUAAACCAAACCCCCCUCCUCCCUCCACCUCCUCCUCUAUUCUCCUCCUUAAUUAUUUUGCGGAGCGGUUUAGGGGGUAUUUGGUGAACACAGGGCGAAUCGGGAGCAGGAAUCGGGAUCGCAAAAGUGAUUGAUAGGAGACAUAGCGGCGCGCGCAUCCGCCUGAGCAUGGCGGCGCACAAGCCCGUGGAAUGGGUCCAGGCCAUCAUUAAUAGAUUCGACGAACAGCUCCCUAUUAAAACAGGACAGCAGAGCACCCACACCAAAGUGAGCACAGAGCACAACAAGGAAUGUCUGAUCAACAUCUCCAAGUACAAAUUUGCCCUCGUCAUCAACGGCCUGACCAACAUCCUCAAAAAUGUGAACAACAUGCGGAUUUUCGGCGAAGCUGCCGAAAAAAACCUCUACCUCUCCCAGCUGAUUAUCCUGGACACACUGGAGAAGUGUCUGGCAGGGCAACCCAAGGACUGCCUGAGGCUGGAUGAGGCCAUGUUGGUAAAACAGUUGCUGCCUGAAAUCUGUCACUUCCUGCACUCGUACCGUGAGGGCCAGCAGCACGCCGCUCAACUGCGCAGCUCCGCCUCUGCCGUGCUCUUCUCUCUCAGCUGCAACAACUUCAAUGCUGUCUUCAGUCGUAUCUCCACCAGGUUGCAGGAGCUCACAGUUUGUACAGAGGACACCGUGGAUGUCCAUGAUAUUGAGCUCAUCCAGUACAUCAAUGUUGACUGCUCUAAGUUAAAGAGACUGCUACAAGAAACAGUACUUAAAUUCAAAUCUUUGAAAAAGCCAGCCCAGCUUUCAGUAAUCAGCAGUUUGGAAAAGGCCUUCUGGAACUGGGUUGAACACUAUCCUGAUGAGUUCACUAUGCUUUAUCAGAGACCCCAGGCUGACAUGGCCGACUGUGCAGAAAGACUGUUCGACCUGGUAGACAGUUUUGCAGAGAGCGCAAAGAGAAAGGCUGCUGUGUGGCCGUUACAGAUCAUCCUCCUCAUCCUCUGUCCAGAGAUCACUCAGAGCAUCACCAAAGAAGUAGGGGGGGAGGAGAAGGCUAACAAGAAGUCAUUUGUUGACAGUCUACGGAAGGCUCUGGGACAACACAGCGGCAGCAGACAGUUGACCGAGAGUGCGGCCGUUGCAUGUGUCAAACUUUGUAAAGCCUGCACCUACAUCAAUUGGGAGGACAAUUCUGUAAUCUUUCUCCUUGUUCAGUCCAUCGUCAUGGACCUUAAGGGUCUUCUUUUUAACCCCACUAAACCGUUUUCGAGGGGUGCGGGCUGCCAGAGUGCCGAUGUGGAGUUGAUGAUCGAUUGCUUUGUGUCUUGCUAUCGUGUCAAUCCUCGUAACAACCAGCAUUUUAAGGUAUGUCUGGCCUCGACUUCUCCUCCUACCUUCCAUUUCGUCCUGGUCAACUCCCUGCACAAAAUUAUCACCAAUUCUCACCUGGACUGGUGGCCAAAGAUUGACGCCAUCUACUGCUACUCAGGAGAACUGCGCACCAUGUUUGCAGACACACUGGGCCGAGUGAUUCAGAGUCUCAGUGCCCAUCCACCUCUGAGGAUGACACCAAGUCUGACAUUUAAAGAGAAAAUGACAACAAGUUUAAAGUUCAAAGAGAAGUCCACAGACCUUGAUUCGCGUUCUCUGCUGCUGGCGCUGGUCAAACUCAUUCACGCUGACCCCAGACUAAUGCUGCAUAACCCAGGGAAACCUGGUCAAGAGAUCCAGAAUAGCACAGCUGAGCUCAUCAAAGGUCUGGUCCAGCUGGUUCCUCUCACACACAGUGCUGAGCAUUCCCAGGAAGCCAUGGAGGCAUUGCUGGUCUUACAUCAGCCAGAAACCAUUGAGCUGUGGAACCCUGACGCACCCAUUGAGACCUUCUGGGACAUCAGCUCUCAGGUCUUAUUUCUGAUCUGUAAAAAGCUGAUUGGACACCAGAUGAUCAACAGUACAGAGAUACUAAAGUGGCUCAGGGAGAUUCUCAUAUGCAGGAACAAGUUUCUCUUAAAGAACAAGGAGUGUGCCACACAGGGAAGUCUCAUCCCCAUCAGCAAACAGGCUCAAACCAAGCUGGAGGUGUGUCUCUACACCUUCCUGUGGAGCCCUGACGCAGAGGCUGUGCUGGUGGCCAUGUCCUGCUUCCGGCAUCUCUGUGAGGAGGCGGACAUCCGCUGCAAUGUGGACGAGCUGCCCGUGCACACGGUCCUGCCCAACUACAACACCUUCAUAGAGCUCGCUUCCGUCAGCAAUAUGAUGGCUACAGGACGCAACACACUUCAAAAGAGAGUGAUGGCACUGUUAAGAAGGAUAAAGCACCCAACAGCUGGAAACAUAGAGGCAUGGGAAGACACACAUGCAAAAUGGGAGCAGGCUACUAAACAGAUACUCAACCACCCAAAAAACAAAGUGGAAGAUGGACAGGAGUGGAUCAACAUGACAGGUUUCUUGUGUGCCCUUGGAGGGGUUUGUCUCCAGCAGCGCAGCACCCCUAGUCUAGGCACAUAUAGCCCUCCCAUGGGCCCCCUGACCGAACGCAAGGCCUCCAUGAUCUCCAUGGGCUCUUGUGAGGUGAACAGUGAGACGUCUCUUAACAGGUUUCUGGAGCGUCUGCUGGCUCUGAUGGUCUGUACACAUGAGAAGGUGGGCAUGCAGAUCCGCACCAAUGUCAAAGACCUUGUUGGACUGGAGCUCAGUCCAGCUCUCUACCCCAUGCUCUUCAACAAGCUACGCAACAGCAUCGGACGCUUUUUUGACACCCAGGGUCCGGUUCCCAUUACAGACAUGAACACACUAUUUGUAGAGCAGACCAUCGCCAUCAUGAAGGACUUGCUUGACAGUCACACUGAAGGAAGCUCAGAGCAUCUCGGUCAAGCCAGCAUUGAGACCAUGAUGCUCAACCUGGUUAGGUAUGUGCGCAUUUUAGGGAAUGUUGUCCAUGCCAUUCAGAUCAAAACCAAGCUGUGUCAGCUUGUGGAGGUGAUGAUGGAACGCAGGGACGACCUCUCCUUCUGCCAAGAGAUGAAAUUUAGAAAUAAAAUGGUGGAGUACCUUACAGACUGGGUGAUGGGAACCUCCAAUCAAGCAGCAGACGAUGACAUCAAAUGUCUGACCCGGGAUCUGGACCAAGCAAGUAUGGAGGCAGUAGUUUCACUAUUAGCUGGUCUUCCCCUCCAGCCUGAGGAGGGUGAUGGCGUUGAGCUCAUGGAGGCCAAAUCUCAGCUCUUCCUCAAGUACUUCACACUGUUCAUGAACCUGUUGAAUGACUGCAGCGAGGUCGAGGAAGACGGCCAGCAGGUGGCAGGGCGGAAACGUGGCAUGUCUAGACGACUGGCAUCUUUGCGGCACUGCACAGUGCUGGCCAUGUCUAACCUGCUCAACGCCAAUGUGGACAGCGGCCUCAUGCACUCCAUUGGUCUAGGGUACCAUAAGGACCUGCAGACACGGGCUACGUUUAUGGAGGUUCUCACUAAGAUUCUUCAGCAAGGGACGGAGUUCGACACACUCGCAGAAACGGUGCUUGCAGACCGCUUUGAGAGACUUGUUGAGCUGGUCACCAUGAUGGGAGAUCAGGGCGAACUGCCAAUAGCCAUGGCACUGGCCAAUGUGGUCCCUUGCUCUCAAUGGGAUGAGCUGGCCAGGGUGUUGGUGACACUGUUCGACUCUCGCCAUCUGCUGUAUCAGCUGCUAUGGAAUAUGUUCUCAAAAGAGGUGGAGCUGGCCGACUCUAUGCAGACCCUCUUCAGAGGAAACAGCCUAGCCAGCAAGAUUAUGACCUUUUGCUUUAAGGUGUAUGGAGCUGCAUAUCUACAAAAGCUUCUGGAACCGCUGUUGAAAGGAAUCAUCACCACUCCAGAGUGGCAGCAGAUCAGUUUUGAAGUGGACCCCACCAGGCUCGAACCAGCGGAGAACCUAGAGGAGAACCAGAAGAACCUGCUACAAAUCACAGACCGCUUUUUUCUGGCCAUCAUCAACUCUUCAAGCGAGUUUCCUCCACAGCUGCGCAGUGUGUGCCACUGUCUGUAUCAGGCUACUUGCCACUCCCUUCUGAAUAAAGCCACUGUUAAAGAAAAAAAGGAAAACAAAAAAUCCGUGGUCAGCCAACGUUUUCCUCAGAACAGUAUUGGUGCAGUAGGAAGUGCCAUGUUCUUGCGCUUCAUUAACCCAGCUAUUGUAUCACCGUAUGAGGCGGGCAUCCUAGACAAGAAGCCCCCACCUCGCAUCGAGCGUGGCCUCAAACUCAUGUCCAAGAUUCUCCAGAGCAUUGCUAAUCAUGUCCUCUUUACAAAAGAAGAGCACAUGCGGCCCUUUAAUGAUUUUGUGAAAAGCAACUUUGAUGCAGCCAGAAGGUUCUUCUUGGAUAUUGCUUCUGAUUCUCCGCCGAGUGACUCCGUGAACCAUAGUUUGUCUUUUAUCAGUGACGGCAACGUGCUUGCCCUGCACCGUCUGUUAUGGAACAACCAGGAAAGAAUUGGCCAAUACCUUUCCAGCAACAGGGACCACAAGGCAGUGGGUCGUAGACCAUUUGACAAGAUGGCCACCCUCCUGGCGUAUCUGGGUCCCCCUGAACAUAAGCCAGUAGCUGACACACACUGGUCCAGCCUCAACCUCACAAGCUCAAAGUUUGAGGAGUUUAUGACAAGGCAUCAAGUCCAUGAGAAGGAGGAAUUUAAAGCUUUAAAGACCCUCAACAUCUUUUACCAAGCUGGCACGUCUAAGAAUGGCAAUCCUGUAUUUUACUACAUUGCCCGCAGGUUCAAAACUGGACAAAUCAACGGUGAUCUUCUGAUCUAUCAUGUCCUGCUGACCCUCAAGCCAUACUACGCCAAGCACUACGAGAUCGUAGUAGACCUCACCCAUGUGGGCCCCAGUAACCGCUUCAAGACGGACUUCUUAUCCAAGUGGUUUGUGGUCUUUCCAAACUUUGCCUAUGAGAAUGUGGCUGCAGUGUACAUCUACAAUUGCAACACCUGGGUGCGAGAGUACACCAAAUACCACGAGCGAUUACUGACUGGUCUCAAGGGGAGCAAGAAGCUACUCUUUAUCGAUUCACCUGCACGUCUAGCCGAACACAUCGAACCCGAGCAGCAGAAACUGCCCGCUGCUACCCUGGCUUUGGAAGAGGACCUCAAAGUGUUCCAUAAUGCCCUGAAACUGGCGCAUAAGGACACAAAGGUGUCGAUCAAGGUGGGAUCAACAGCUGUUCAAGUGACCUCGGCGGAACGCACGCGUGUCCUGGGACAGCCAGUUUUCCUGAACGACAUAUACUAUGCUUCAGAGAUUGAGGAGAUAUGCCUGGUGGAUGAGAACCAGUUCACUCUGACAAUCGCUAACCAGGGCACUCCCCUAACGUUCAUGCACCAGGAGUGCGAAGCCAUUGUUCAGUCCAUCAUCCACAUCCGGACACGCUGGGAACUUUCCCAACCAGACUCAAUUCCACAACACACCAAGAUCAGGCCUAAAGAUGUUCCUGGCACCCUCCUCAACAUCGCUCUCCUCAACCUGGGAAGCUCUGACCCCAGUCUGAGGUCAGCUGCAUACAAUCUACUUUGUGCCUUAACCUGCACCUUCAAUCUAAAGAUUGAGGGCCAACUCCUUGAAACGUCUGGCUUGUGCAUCCCAGCCAACAACACCCUUUUUAUUGUGUCCAUUAGCAAAACGCUAGCAGCUAACGAACCCCACCUCACUCUGGAGUUCCUGGAAGAGUGCAUCUCUGGCUUCAGCAAGUCAAGUAUUGAGCUGAAGCAUCUCUGUCUGGAGUAUAUGACUCCUUGGCUCCGUAAUUUGGUGCGGUUUUGUAAGCACAAUGACGAUGCCAAACGACAACGUGUCACUGCUAUCCUGGAUAAGCUUAUCACAAUGACCAUCAAUGAGAAGCAGAUGUACCCCUCCAUACAGGCAAAGAUAUGGGGCAGCUUGGGUCAGAUCACAGACCUGCUGGAUGUGGUGUUGGAUAGCUUUAUAAAGACCAGUGCUACUGGGGGUUUGGGAUCCAUCAAGGCUGAAGUGAUGGCUGACACGGCUGUAGCCCUGGCUUCAGGAAAUGUCAAAUUGGUGUCCAGCAAGGUGAUUGGCCGAAUGUGUAAGAUCAUCGAUAAGACGUGCCUGUCUCCCACCCCCACCCUUGAGCAGCACCUGAUGUGGGAUGACAUCGCCAUACUGGCCCGUUACAUGCUCAUGCUCUCCUUCAACAACUCUCUGGAUGUGGCCGCUCAUCUGCCCUACCUGUUCCACGUCGUCACCCUGCUGGUGGCCACCGGCCCGCUGUCCCUCCGAGCGUCCACGCACGGCCUCGUUAUUAACAUCAUCCACUCGCUCUGCACCUGCUCACAGCUUAACUUCAGUGAGGAGACUAAACAGGUGCUGCGUCUGAGUCUGACUGAAUUCUCCCUGCCCAAGUUCUACCUGCUGUUCGGCAUCAGUAAGGUCAAAUCUGCCGCGGUCAUAGCCUUCCGCUCCAGCUACAGAGACCGUUCUUUCUCCCCCGGCUCCUACGAGAGAGAGACCUUCGCUCUGUCGUCCCUGGAAACGGUUACAGAGGCUCUGCUGGAGAUCAUGGAGGCCUGUAUGAGGGACAUUCCCGGAUGCAAAUGGCUUGAUCAGUGGACUGAGUUGGCACAAAAGUUUGCAUUCCAGUAUAACCCAUCUCUUCAGCCGCGGGCGCUGGUGGUGUUCGGCUGCAUCAGUAAACGUGUGACUCACGGGCAGCUCAAACAGAUAAUUCGUAUUCUCAGCAAAGCCAGUCCUCUGCUCAGCAUUGAUCGGGGGCUGGAGAGCUGCUUAAAGGGGCCGGAUAAUUACAACAGCCAGGUUCUCAUUGAGGCCACCGUCAUCGCUCUCACCAAGCUACAGCCUCUCCUCGAUCAGGAUUCUCCCAUGCAUAAAGCUCUGUUCUGGGUGGCUGUGGCUGUACUUCAGUUGGAUGAAGUGAAUCUGUACUCCGCCGGUACCGCCCUACUAGAGCAGAACCUGCACACACUGGACAGCCUCCGGGUGUUUAAUGAUAAGAGUCCUGAGGAGGUCUUCAUGGAGAUCCGGAAGCCACUGGAAUGGCACUGUAAACAAAUGGACCAUUUUGUGGGACUCAACUUUGCCUCCAACUUUAACUUUGCAUUAGUGGGGCAUUUACUCAAAGGAUACAGACAUCCUUCUUCCACCACGGUGGCGAGGACAGUCCGCAUCCUUCAUACGCUCCUGGGCCUGGUGGGAAAACACCGCAGCUGUGACAAGUUUGAAGUGAACACGCAGAGUGUGGCCUAUCUGGCUGCUUUGCUCACGGUAUCCGAGGAGGUGAGGAGCCGCUGCAGUCUAAAGCACAGGAAGUCACUGCUGCUUUCAGAAGUUACCAUGGAGAACUUUCCAAUGGACACAUACAUAGUGUUCGAAACGGAACCUGACUGCAGUGUCAGGCUACUGCGUGAAAACCAGCCCUGGGCUUCUCCGAAAGUGUCAGAGCACAGCCUUGCACCUCCGUACUCUGCCAUGGGGCAAACCAGCCUUCGCCCGCGCAAAUCCAUGAGCGUGGACAUGGGCCAGCCGUCGCAGGCCAACUCGAAGAAACUACUGGGUAUGAGCGGCACUAGAAAGAGCUUCGAUCACCUAAUAUCGGACUCGAAGGCCCCGAAGAGACCAGAUAUUGAGUCGGGCAUCACCACGCCUCCAAAAAUGAGACGGGUGUCUGAAAACGACUAUGAGAUCGAAACCCAGCGGAUAGCCAACUCCCAUUUACGCAAAGUGUCCGUGUCCGAGUCCAACGUCCUUCUGGAUGAGAACGUUCUCACAGACCCGAAGAUCCAGACCCUGCUCCUCACUGUACUGGCCACACUGGUGAAAUACACUACGGAUGAGUUUCAUCAGCGGAUCUUGUACGAGUAUUUGGCUGAGGCCAGUGUGGUCUUCCCCAAGGUCUUUCCCGUAGUCCACAACCUGCUGGACUCCAAGUUAAGCACCGUCCUGUCCAUGUGCCAGGACCCCAACCUCCUGAACCCCGUCCACGGCAUCAUUCAGAAUGUGGUUUAUCAUGAGGAGUCUCCCCCUCAGUACCAGCCGUCCUGCUUGCAGAGUUUCGGUUUCAACGGCCUUUGGAGGUUUGCCGGGCCCUUCUCUAAGCAAACCCAAAUUCCAGACUAUGCCGAGCUCGUGGUUAAAUUCCUCGAUGCUUUGAUUGACACCUAUCUUCCUGGCAUUGAGGAAGAAGGAGGGGAGGAGUCACUGCGCACGCCCACCUCUCCGUACCCGCCCACCGUCCAAAGUCAGCUCAGCAUCACGGCCAACCUCAACCUGUCCAACUCCAUGACGUCCCUCGCCACCUCACAGCACUCACCAGAGGGCCCUAUAGUUUAUAGACGGUCCCCAACUCUCUCCCAUCCAAGAACCACAGAGGAGGUGCCACCGAAAACAGCUGCCUGUCUGCCUUGCUCUAAGUCGGCUGUAUUCCCACCUCACCUCGUCCUCCCAGGCAUCGACAAGGAGAACGUGGAGAUUUCUCCCACCUCGAGUCUCUCCACCAGUGGGCGAAUGCGACACGGGUCAGCCAGCCAGGUACAGAAGCAGCGGAGUGCAGGCAGCUUCAAACGGCCAAGCAUCAAAAAGAUCGUCUGAGGAGCGUUUCUACCUACUCCGCGGCCAUCGUUCUUCUCCACGGAUCCUUUUCGCUUUCCCUCGUCCAGUUUAACAAGGUUCUUGCGUUAAAAGAACCGCUCGAGUAUUUGUUUUUUUUUUACACCAGUUGAAGCUUGCCACAUACUUGCCUAAAUGAACUAGUUCGGAGGAUGCACUGAACUCUCCGUGUUGCACUCAACAUCAAAAUUGUCUUGGGACUGACCACAUUGAAAUGCUAAAUUGAGGCGUCCACUCUUCGUUUUGCACAAACUCGAGAUCAUGUCCUCAUCGACGUCUGAGAGAAACACAUACAUGAGAAACUGAUCCGAUUAACCACUACAGCAAACAGUUGACCAACCGUGUGGAGACCAUUAUCUCGGCUUGACAGUUGACAUCCGGACCCGCCUUGGGAUGGACGUGCGGCCUGAUUUGUCCCGAUAUCCACAGGCUUGAAUACACAGAAAGAUUCUAAUAUGUGUACUAUACUAUUGACGAUAAUAACGAUCACAUGUUUUGGGUUCUUAU